GCAGGAGCAAACAUGAUAUCAUCAAUUUCAGGUCCUACACAAGUACAUAGCGUGGAAUGGCUUUGCUCAAAUUCAUCUCCUUCAACACUCGCUUCCAUCAAUUUCAGGUCCUACAAAAACCCCUUACACAUUCUCCUUCCUCCCAAAUUCAUCAAUCUUACAACACAAAUUCUCUCUCCUUCCGUCAAAACUCUCACAACAUCAUCAAGCCUUGUUGUUGUUCUUCAUCAUCAAUGGAGUCUCCUCCAGAGGGUUAUCGACGAAAUGUUGGUAUUUGUCUCAUCAAUCCCUCUAAAAAGAUAUUCGCGGCGUCAAGGAUUGAUAUACCUGAUUCUUGGCAAAUGCCUCAGGGUGGCAUAGAUAAAGGUGAAGAUCCCCAAAAUGCAGCCAUCAGGGAGCUUAGGGAAGAGACUGGAGUAACUUCAGUGGAAGUCCUUGCAGAGGUUCCGUACUGGCUAGCUUACGAUUACCCUCCAGAUGUGAGGGAGAAGCUCAGUCGUCGAUGGGGAUCAAACUGGAAGGGUCAAGCCCAAAAGUGGUUUCUUCUUAAAUUGGUGGGAUCUGAGGAUGAAAUCAAUCUCUUGGGCGAUGGCACGGAGAAGGCCGAAUUUGGCAAGUGGGAAUGGAUGACACCUGAGGAAGUAGUGGAGCAUGCUGUAGACUUUAAGAAGCAUGUCAUUGAAGAAGUCAUGAAAGCUUUUGCACCUCAUCUUCAGUAAAAAUUUAAGUUUUCAUUCUUGUUGCUGCUUCUCAUGAGUAAAUUUGAAACAAUAAAAACUAUGUAGACUAGCAGUUGUACACUUUUAUGAGACCUUAUUUAACAUGUUGUAUUCCUUAAUAAAUUAAUUAAUUAAUGAAGUAUUAAUAUAUUAUGGAAUAUUCACGGGGUUAAAGAACGUCAAGCA